GGCUCCCGGCUUGGCUCUGCGGCUCUUUCGCUUUCGGAACCGGGAGGGGAGCUCGGGGAGGCAGCGGCGCCUCACAGCUGCGAGAUCCCGACGGCUGUGGGACCUCCCCUCCGUGCCUUCGGGACACUCCUGUGACUUCGGGACCCCCCUCCUGGCUUUGGGACCCCCCCAUCUCUUCAAGACCCUCCGGUGCCUUUGGGACCCUCCUGUCGCUUUGGGACCCCUCUGUGCCUUCAGGACCCCUCCCCCUCGUGGCUUUGGGACCCUCUGGUGAUUUCGGGACCCCCCUGUGGCUUUGGAACCCCUGUUGUGGCUUCGGGACCCUCCAGUGACUUCUGGACCCCUCUGUGCCUUUUGGACCCCCUCGUGGCUUCGGUACCCCUCUUGUGGCUUUGGGACAAGGCAGGUGCAGGGUCCCCGGGCUGCAGGGUGUCCCCCCCCCCCGAGCUGCAGGUGCCCCAGUGGUUGUGGGACUCCUCGGGGGGCUUUGGGGCACCACUGGCACCAGUCCCGGCUGUGGGACCCCCCGUGGCUGCGAAGCCAGGAGGGGGAGCGCAGCCCCCAGCUCUCCUUCCAGCCUGCCCUAAUCUAAACUGAAGAUAAAAAGGAAGUGUUUUGAUCUGGCUCACUGUAACCCAGAAGAAGCCCAGCUGUCCUGAGCAAGAUUUUCCUCUAUCGGUCACCCAGGUCAUACAUUGGCAGAGAUGCAUUUUCUUUCGUUUUUCCAUUCCUUUGUUACGUGCGUCAUGAUGCUCCUCACUCACAAGCCGGGGACAGAUGGGUUUGCAGUGCCAGCACCCAGUCACCCUGUCCUUGCUGCUGUGGGGGAGGCUGCUGUGCUGCCCUGCUGCCCUGACCUGGGGGCAAGCGCUCAGCCCUCAGAGGUGAGCUGGCUCCAGAUGCCGCACUCGUCACUUGUGCAUCACUACAGCGAGCAGAAGGGCCAGGACAGGGAGCAGACUCCGGAGUACCGAGGCAGAACAGAACUGCUGAUGCACCGCAUCCGCCAGGGCUGCAUGGAUUUGAGACUUUCUGCUGUCCGAGCCUCUGAUGAGGGGCAGUACACCUGCUUGGUUCGUCAUGGCAUCAGCUACAGAGAAGCUCAGCUGGAACUGAAGGUGACAGCCAUGGGGUCUGCUCCUCAUAUCUCCAUGGAGAAUAUCCAAGGAGGCACCAGAAUUGUGUGUCGAUCAUCUGGUUGGUACCCAGAGCCCCAGGUCCUGUGGAGAGAUUCCAGCCAUCAGCACAUACCUUCAGAGGCUGAAAACCGAUCCCAGGAUGCAAGGGGCCUCUUUGAAGCACAGAGCACCCUCCUUGUCGUGGGAAGUACUCCAAAGGACUUGUCCUGUGUGGUGAGGAACACAUACCUCAAUGAAGAAAAGGAAACUGCUUUUCAAACGUCAGACUUUUUACGAGGAGCUUCUCCAGGCAUGGUUGUUCCAAGUGUGAUCCUGACAGUGUUUGGUGUCAUUGGCUUCAUUGCUUAUCUGUUGAAGAUCAAAGGGUGGAAGAGAUUUGCAGACAAACUAGGAAAAGCAAACAUGACUCUGGAUCCAGACACCGCUCACCCCUGGCUGCUCCUCUCAAAGGAUGGUAAAGGCGUGAGAUGGGGAGAAGAGUGGCAAAAGUGGCCUGAAGGACCGGAGAGGUUUGAUACGUGGUGUUGUGUGCUGGGCUACGAGGGCUUCACUUCUGGGCAGCACACCUGGGAGGUCACCGUGGACAGUGCAAAGAGCUGGGGCGUGGGACUUGCCAGGGCCUCUCUGCAGAGGAAGGGACGGAUCCCACUCAGCCCCCAGGAGGGGCUCUGGGCUGUGGUGAAGCUGGACAAAGUUUUUCGGGCUCUGACAUCCCCUAAAUGCACCCCACUGCCACUGACCUGCAUCCCAAGAAGGAUGCGUGUUUCUCUGGAUUAUGAAAAGGGUCAAGUAGCCUUUUCAAAUGCUGAUACGGAUGUCCCCAUCUUCACUUUCCUGCCAGCAUCGUUCAAGGGAGAGAGAAUCCACCUUUGGCUCUGGGUAUGGGAUAAAGAAUCCUGGCUCAGGUUGUCUCCCUGAAGCAUAGCCCUUAGAGAACCUGUAUUAGCUUAGCCUUGCCUCUACAUUUCUGAAGACUUCCUACUGAAUUAAUUUGUGAACUGGGGGGUCAAUGUUUUAGGAUGGCUUUGUCGAACGGCAGGCUAACAGGCGAGCAGGGGUCAAAAGGUGACGGGCAGCUUAGAGAAAGGGUUUCCCUCUUGGGAGGGCAGUAGUCCAUGCUGAGCCUUGCUUGCAGUUCUUCCACGUGUUGUGUGACAGCUGGGUGGUCCUAAAGCAGUUCCUACUGGCUGGCGCUUGUUUUUUUGAAGGUGCACAGACUGUGUGUUCCUAUGAAUGGAAAGAGAUGAUGAGAAAGCUUGAGCUUCAUUCACAGCUGUCCACCUACAUGACAUUUUAGGCCAGGCUCUCAUCUUUUGGCACACAACAGCAAGAUUACAAGACCAGAACUCCAUGGAGUUCCAUGACCACCACUCAGCACCUUUGCCUUGGUUUUGCAGCUUGUUGGAAAUGUCCUGUGCCAGAAUAACCACCAACCUCAGGAUGUGGUGGCUCCACACAUCCCUUUUUUCCAGCAGGUUAGAUGUUGUCUGAGGUCAACCCACCACAGUCCUUUUUGGCACCACUCAACGUGGGGCUUGAAGAAGUCUUGGGAGAAACAAAGGUGUGUUUUUUGCAGUAGAAGGUGUUUUUGCAGUGGAAAAUUCCACUAACCAUGCAUACUCAAAAAUGAUUGUGUGGCAUAGCAGUGGGGAGUAUGUUAAGCAUAUAAGGGGAUGGUCCCACUGUCCCAAAAUAAGGAGUUUAGCUAAGGAAAACAGGAUGAGCAGUAUGAAGUCAGUAAAUACAAAAAUCACGGACCCUCUAGUCACAAGAGAAGAAGGAAAAAAAAGGAAAAGGAGGAAUUAACAGUUGGUCAAAUCAAAUUGUACACAUACGGUAUAGAAGUGCGUCGAGUAGGUUGUGAACCUGUGGUACUCAGACAACGAGGAAACAGGAGAAACCAGGUGUUGGGUAAUAGGGAAUAUAAGGUUAUAAUAAAAUUUUACUGUGUGCUCCUGCUUGCAGGACUCCCGCCGUUGCAAUCAUGAAUAAAAUAGCUUCACAGAAGA